CUGUCGUUUUGGAGCAAGAAUGGCGGGGGAAAACGACGCCCAAUAGCCCUCAUCCAUCACUUCUUAAUCUCUCUCUCUCUCUCUCUCUCAAUCUCGCUCUCUCGCUCUUCCUCUACUUGUUCGUUCGUGGAGAAAAUUUCGAGCUUUUUUCAUCUGCUGCUGGGUGAGGUUUGGGAUUGGGGAUCAAAUGUCACUGCUGCAAUGAUCAGUAAGUACUAAUCCAAAUUUUCUUCAAGAUCGAUUCUUUCUGUUCAUGCACUACUUCAACUGCUCCUUCUCUCUCUACCUCUCUAUCUCUCUCCUCUUAAUUUUAGGUUUUAUCUACCGAGUAUUUGAGAUUCUGACUAAAAAUAGUCUGCUUCCUUAGAAAUCCCCCACUCCAGUAAUGAAAUGGUGAAUGAUGUUACGGACAUUCUUAUUUUUAGCUCAAUCUGGGUUUGGUCUUUUCGGGGUUUCAAUUGAUGGGUUUUGCUUGGAUUAGGGCAUGUUCUUGCACUGAGAUAUCUGCUGGGUUGGUGUGAGAUUGGCUGUUUUCUAGCUGCACACGUAUUGUGGGUUUGUUUUGUCCCUUUGGUUGAUUUGUAGCCUGUGGGAUUCUUUUGUCCUUAUUGGAAAUCCUUUGUUGAUGAUCUCUUGUAUCAGGUCAAUUUUUUGACUGGGACUACUGGAUUGCUAGGUUUUAGUUUUAUUUUGCUUUGAAUGAUAUAGCUUUCCCCAACCUGUUUGUGGUUGCUUGCCCGUAUGCUUCGUCUGUGCCAGUUUCAGAAUGGUUGUUUUCCCUCUUGGCUCUAGGAUUUUACAAUUUUUACUGAUGAGUUCAUAGUAGGAGGACAUGGAGUAAUGAGGUUGAGCCCUCUUGUCUAAGUUUAAUGGUCUAAUGCCCGGAAACAUAAAUGGUUAGUUUCGAGACAUGAUCUUCGUGAGUUGAGCCCACUUGUUCCAGUCCCCUCUUGCCUAAACUUUUGCUUGGAGCUUUUGUUCUCAAUUUUCAUGGCUAAGGGAGGAGAAAGAAUCUGCAUUGUCCGUAUUAGUUUCCUCUCGAGUUUUUCCUGUUUUCUAUUUCGUACUUUUAUGAGAUAGCGAAAAUGAUACUUAUGCAUGCUUAUGAGCUCAUAAACAUGGAGUCCGGACUGUCUUCAUCGGUCUUUGUUUUGUAUUAUGUUCUCAUUAAGUAGUAGUUAUCUGUAUUAAGUUUUACGGUCAUUCUCUGCGAGUGUCAUGUGGCUCAUUUCUCUCUGCCUUGCUCGGUUUCAUGGACAUGAAAGAUUGGUUUUGGAUUCUUCUUUCUGAAAGCGUAUUGGUAUUUUUUCCAGGAAGGGUCCAGGAUUCUGAAUUCAUUUACAAGAGUUGGAUUCUGUUCUGAUGCUCAUUCUACAUUGUGGAUAGUGCUAACAUUCGGUUAGAAGAUGGAUGAUGGUCAAAAUGGCAGGUACAAGGACUAUUACAAGGCUGCACAUCCUGUGCAGCAUCAAGGGAAGGAACAAACAAAUGCCCUAGUAAUGAACAAGAAGAUCAUGGCAAUCCUCGCCGAGAAGGAUGCUGCCAUUCAAGAACGGAAUCUAGCUGUCGCCGAGAAAAGGGAAGCCAUUAAAGCCCGAGACGAAGCAAUACAGCAGCGGGAGAAAGCCCUAGCCGAGAGAGAUAAAGCCCUGAUGGAGCGAGACAAUGCCUUUGCAGCAAUUCAAUAUAGAGACAACACGAUGAACUUCUCGUUUGGACGUGGAUCCAAGCGUAUCCCACAUCCUAUCUACCAUACAGCGAACGACUUGGAAGAAGCGAUGAAUGGUGGACAAAUGCCCAGUCUGGGGGCUGCCUUUCCGAUAACUACUAUACCUGCUGGAACACAUAGCAAGCCACGUCAGACAAAGCGGUCGAAGGAGAACAAUGCAGUUUCUCUGAAGGCGAAUAAAUCGCCACGCAAGGCAAACAACCACAAAAUCGGCGAGGAUCUCAACAGAAAGGUGGUGACAGAAGGAAGGAAGUUCAAGUCUGAUUGGGAUACACUCGAUGUUGGGUUGAACUUGAUCAGUUUCGACGAAUCCACAAUGCCUGCUCCAGUUUGCUCGUGUACCGGAGCUCCGCAUCAGUGCUACAAGUGGGGGAAUGGCGGGUGGCAGUCGUCGUGUUGCACCACCACCAUGUCAUGCCAUCCACUGCCACAGCUGCCCAACAAGCGGCACGCGAGGGUGGGAGGGAGGAAGAUGAGCGGGAGCGUCUUCAUGAAGUUGCUGAGUCGGCUGGCUGCUGAAGGGCAUGAUCUGGGGAUUCCUCUUGAUCUCAAGAAUUACUGGGCUAGACACGGCACAAAUCGCUACAUCACCAUUAAGUAGAGAGGGCUUCUUUUUCUGUUGCUCUCUCCAUUGAUUUGGGGAUGUCGAGUUGGUCGUUGUAAUUGAUGUUGAGGUAGAUAGACCCCUUGCUGUACGUUCUUCAUUGUUGCUGGCUUGCUGCUGAAAAACACAAGUGAACUGCUCUCUUUUUUUUCUUUUUGCAGCAGAAUUGGACCUACUACUUGUCUACUUGAUAGAGAAGUAAGAGUCGUUCCUUUCUCUUGUCUCCCUAUUUCUUCUGUUUUCCCUCUCUUCAGCUCUUUGUUAGCAUUUACUCGAUUUAUGCAUGUCAUCCUUGCGAAAGGGGUUUUCGUAUAGUACCAAUCGUAUCCAUCCCUGAAGACUAAUCUAGUCUGUAGAUCGCGUGUCGACCACUAAAGUGUCUCAACACUUGUAAUUCAAAAUUCUAGAUUUCUUGUUUAUCAAUCCGAAGUCCAAACAAACAGCAAAUGAGAGCAAGCUGCGUACCAGAAUUAGGCGAAAAAAUAAUUCAAAAUGAA